AUGGAGGACGUGCAGGGACAAAGUGAGACGUGCUGGAUUGCCAAUUUGCCGCCAGAACUCCUGUACCGCGUCUUCGAGCUCGCCGUCGACGGUCUGCCACCGACCAUCCGCCUCCGCUCCUCCACCUUGCGACACCUCGCCCUCGUCGCUUCGAGCUGGCGAGAAUCGGCGCAAAGUCUGCUCGAGUCGAAGGUGCACAUCGACUCGUACCAUCGGGCGCGCGCGUUCCUCGACCGUCCUCGCCGACUCCACAGACCAAUCGUCCUUGACGAACUCGUCCUUUUCUUCGACUUUCAACCGCACGACGACGACUUCUUUCCCCUCACCGAGUUCAUGACCAGGUCGAUAUGCGAGAUGGAGUGUCAGAUCCGCGCGCUUCACCUGCGGUCCGCCCUCUUCGUCAACUCGUUCGACCCGAAACUCCUUCUGCUCCCGAGCUUUCGAGAACUGCGACACCUCAAGCUCGACAUUCCCCUCGAGGCGGCGCCCGACCUCCCACUCGUCCCGCUCCGUCUGUCGAAGCUCUCGCUCUCAGCCAUGGUUGACCAGCCGCUCGCGCUCUUCAAGGCGAUCCUUCCGACAUCGGCAAACACCCUAACAAGCCUGCAUCUCUUCGUCAUCAAGUCCGGCUCGCCCCUCCACGAGCACAUCCUCCGCGCCCUUCCUUCUCUCCGUUCAACCCUUCUCCACCUGUCCAUUUCGACGCACUGGAUCCCGCUUCCCGACUCGCUCGUCGACUUGAUCCUAUCUUGCACAUCUCUCCGCGCGCUCGCCCUCAACGGCCUAGUCCCAAAGCAACUCCACGAGCUCACCUCCCGCCUUCUUUCCCUCCCUCUUGCGCUCGACUUCACCGUCCCCGCCACCUUCGCCUGGCACGGCUUCACCGUCGAGUCUUUCGUCGACCGCAUUUUGCGCGAGGCGCCGAUGGCGAACUUGCGGUUCUUGACGGCGACGAGGAGGAUCGAGAGCGGGAGCGAGGAGAAGGAGCAGCGGACGGAGUCGCGCCGGGGAGCGCAAGGAUGCGUGUGCGUCUACGAAGUGACGGCCAGACGACCGGUUCCCUAG